ACAAUUCCUGGGAUUGUUCGCGACAACAGCGCUCAGAAAGUAUCGCGUCCACGGGUAUCAUCAGACGCAUACGCUGUUAUAUGUUCUAUUAUAUGUUCGACACUGUUGGAUUCCACAAAUCUAAAACCGAUUUCGAUCUAACAUUAUGGAGACAUCAUAGAUCAAAAUGUCGUGAUUUUUAAUGACAUUAGCGUUCGUGGUAGUCGAGAUACAUAGACGAAGCCGGGAAUAACUUUUUGAAAGUUUGUGGAGAUCGAGACACAGUGAUCAAUGGAAUACAUUUGGUCAGGCGUACAACAAAUGUGAUUGAGGUUGACUAAGCUAUAUUUGGGACCUUCGGAUAGCCACUCCUUGCUUUUCAUAAAAGAAUCGCCUGGUACUUCUGGUCUCCGACUUACAUCUGGUCUUCAAAAGCUCUUAUCUUUCCCUCGAUAACUUCGGUCAAACAAUGCCUUCCAUCAUGGCUCCAUCAGUCCAGUUCUUCCUUGCUUCAUCUAUUCUUCUCGUCUUCACGCCCCUAGUGUCGGCGCAAGGUGCAGGAGCGUGCCCGACCAAUGUGGUCAGCUAUCCUGUUCUAGCAGGGUCAGUCAUGGGAGCGUUCAUCUUUGCGAUAAUACUGGAGACCACUGCCAUCUUGUGCUAUAAACACUAUUGUAAGAAAAAGCCUCCAAAGCUGGAACACACGUUCAUUACAAGCGACGGAAAGGAGGUGAAGAUCAAGGAAAAGAUCACGGCUCCAGAUGGAGAGAAGGAGCACGAUCGGCACAGGGAGACCAGGAAGGGCUUGAAGAGUGAGCGGAAGCAGGAAGUUUUCAGUGUUUCUGAUAACAAUACUGACACCGAGAGCGCUAUACACGGUCCUGCCAUCUACCGUUACCCUAUCGCCAUCGAUAAGGAGACGGGAGACAGCAUCAUGAACGGAAGGCACAAGUACGAACCAGACCUCGGAAAUAACUACCUCUACUCUACCGGAUGGCAGUCAUCGGAUGAUGGAAGCGGAUUCAACAGCCGCAGGAUUAGUCAAUUGGGAAAGGAUGAAGUACCUAUUCUCCGUGGCCUCCACAAGGGUUCUGACGUCGACGUUGAUUUCUCUUCUGCCCGAUUCAAGAGCUUGGUCCGCCAACCGAUGCCACAAGAAUGGACUAUCGGAACGGCUACGACAGAUGACGAUAUAAUGACCUACCGCUACCACACAGGAUUUGGAGGAAAGCGACGCGCAUCUUCACCUACUUUGGGAAUUGACAACCAGGGUUUCGUUAGCUCUCGACCAGGAAGUCCCACUAGAGGGUUCAGGGACUCAACAGUUGUGCAGAUGGAGCCUCGCCAUUUAUCCAAUGAAGCAAGGAUCAGCAUUGAUGAUAGCUUCUUCCAGAAAUCAGGGCGUGGUGGCAGUUCCCGUGGUACCCUUGGUAGCACAAGACCAGGCUUGGGUCGUGCUUUCGACUCUAACUUUAUUCUUAAGGAUCCGCAACGCUCAGAUAGCAGCGACGAAGAUCUCUACGACUAUGGAGACAGUGAACACUCUGGACAGAGUUCUGCUCAUUUUGCACCAGGUCGAUACAGAGCAGACAUGGGCGGCAUACCACUAUACAGGCCGGAAGGUGGGUCCCCGACCAGUCCGAGGAGUUUCCGUUUCCACACUGGGUUUUCACAUCCUCAAGAUCCUGAAGGUAACGGUGAGCCUAUCUAUGCCAUCCCACACAAGACCGUUGGUUCUUCCAAGAUCAUAAGACCUCACUCUGUUGAAAGGGAUAGGCACCUUGGACACACCACCUAUUCCGUCAUCAACGAAGCACAUUCUACUUCCUACAAGAGACGGCCAGAUCCAAACGAUCCUUCAAGAGUGGUCCGUGAUUCUGCGACCCAGUGUGAACUCCUCGCACCACGACCGAAAAUUUCCUUUGAUGAAGAAUGGCCAAUUACCACUUCCGGAAGACGGUCCAGAGUAGAUCCAGGUGUUCCUACCAUAGGCAUCAUCAAGCUCAUUAGACCAGGGUCUUUCAGUGAGUCGAGACGUCGAAGCUCGAAGCGGUACUCUUGGAGCGCCGACGACGAAGUGCAUCACGUCCGAUCAUCAAGCCUUCCAAGGGAGCGGACCUCAUCGUUCACAGAAAGGACGUCUUACUCACAGACGUCGCGACGGCCGCGACGAUCGCGUUCAUCAUCACCUGUUCGACGAUCACGUUCGUCUUCACCUGUGCGACGUUCACCACGAGGGCGCUCACCAGAUCGACAAUUACCUAACUUCGCCGAUGACGAGACAGACAUACCAACUAUCGGUGUUAUUCGUCUGAUAUCAAGGGGUGGAACAAGGACCUCUUUCGGAGGAGAUGAUUCAAGCAGUGGAAUCAGCGUCGGAGAUUCCACGCCUCAAGUCAGCCGACAACCCUCCUCUUCUAGACGCCCUGGCUCUAUUUAUCAAUAUGCCCAAGAUAUUCUAGACGAGGAUGAACGAUUCUACAGUACAGUCACAGAACAACAACCACGGCAAAGCUAUAGCGACAUACCUUCCAUAGGGGUUAUCAAACUUGUCUCAGACCAGAGCCGCCCUCAGCCAUUGGAGAGACGUAUGAGUUGGGCUGGUGAGGAUUUCGAAAGUGUUGAUACCUCUCGCAGGCUAGGUAGGUCUGGCAUACGUAGAUCUUUUGAUGAAAGAGAAACCUUUACUUCAUCAUCAUCCGCACAGAGGAGACGUCGAAGUCCGUCACCUGACAAAGAGAGAGGGAACUUCCCAACAAUUGGAGUCAUAAAGUUAGUUCGUCCGGAUUCUGUUCAACAACCACUAUGGAAUGAGCUGAAUCGAUAUGUUAAACCAUCUGGCCGGUCAUCCCUUAUUAGGCACGAGUCAUGGGACGAAACGGAUAUUCAGGAAACGCAGAGAACUCGAUCUACAAAGAGGCCACAAAUGAUUGAUAGCUACACUGAACCAGCUAUCACAUGGCCACAGUUGAUCCACACCGUCAGGGAUCUUGUUGAUGAAGAGCAGAAGCUGUCGUCGAAAUCAUCAGGCAAGAAGGCACCUGUCCUUGGAGUAUUUAAAUUAAAAUCAACGAAAGAAAAGGAACCCAGAGUCUCUGCAGUUUCUCAAGGUACAAAUCCAGACCAACCUUGGCACCACCUUGUAUCUCAGUUGGAAGAAGAAAUAGAAUCAUCAGUAAUACGAAAGACACACCAAAUGAAAGAUAGAUCUGAACCAAGAACUGUCAGCAUCGUGAAACUACAAGCCCCUAAUCAGCCAUUACCGGACACGAGAUCCACGGGAACCAAUCCAGACAUUCCAUGGAACCAAGUCAUGAGGAUGAUACAGAGUGAAACAGAAGAAAUGAUUGAGAGGAAACAGUCGCUAAGACAGAAAAGACCCAGUAAUCUCGGAUCAAUUCAACUGAAAUCCAAACCCAGGCCGCCAAUGUUUGAUUCUGCUACUCAGCCAGAACUUACAUGGAUGCAAGUGGUCAAAAUCAUCAAAGAGGAAACUGAAGUAAUGACCAAGAAACAAACGCCACCUCCCGUUGCCAAAAAUGACAAAGGAAUACAACCUGAAAUGAACUGGCCUGAAAUUAUUCAACUAGUUCAACAAGAGGUAAUAAAACAGGUAAAGGAAACUGAGAUAACAAAACGGAGUGAACAAAAACACGACAAGAUUCCUCUGGCUGUCGUCAAGCUCAUUGGUGGCGAAGAUAAACCCAAAGCAGGACAAGAUCAAUCAACAGAACCAGAGCUUACAUGGGGCCAAAUGGUGAGGAUGGUACAGACUGAAGUUGAAGAUAUCAUUCAAAAGAAGAUCAAAAAGGAACCCAAAAGAAAGGAAACUGGUGACGCAAGUACAGAACCUGAAUUGACAUGGCCUUUAUUGGUUAGGAUAGUCCAAGAGGAAGUAGAAAACAUGGUCAAGAAGAAGAAUACUAAAAGUACAUCUGAAAAAGGCACAAAACCUGAAAAGGACUGGAGUACAGUUGUUGGUACUAUUCAGGAGACAGCUAUUGAGGAGUUUAAAAGAACGUCCCAAAAGAAGAAGCCAAAGGAAGAAAAGCCGCCAAUGAUUGGCGUCUUUAAGAUCAAGGCAGAGCAACAAUCUCAAGUCACAUCUAUUCCUCGUCCAAGGACGAUUGACCAAGGGACACAACCUGGAACAUCAUGGGAUCGCCUACUAAGUAGAAUUGAGGAAAACGCCAUAAUGUCCGUCAAGAGAACGUCUACCAAGCAGAAGCCAAAACCAGCCGAACCUACUUCAAUCGGAAUUAUCAAGUUGAAGGCACCUGAUAUCAGCCAGAAAACAGAGACAUCUACUCAAUCUUUGGACAUUGACGUAUCUGACAGCUUUACCCAGCCUGAGCGAUCAUGGCGAGAUCUCUUGAGAGGACUGAAGAUGGAACUUGAGAGUGAGUAUAUCAAGACCAUUCGCGAAUUAGAAGCCCACAUUGCAUCACAUGAAGACCAACCCGAUUAUGCACCAGCCGUUCAAUCACUCGGAGUAUUGACCUUGAAGGCACCAAGAGAACAAAAGGCAAGAUUAAGAGAUAGCUUCACCCAGUACCACACUCCUGUCAUUAAGGAAAAGUACACACAGUCUGACAAAUCUUGGACAGAACUCAUGAUGAAAAUUGAAGAAGAGACAGAACGCAAGCUAACUCGACGCGUGAAAAUCCCAAAGGUUUCGGAAAAAGAGUCACAAACAAAAGAUGAGAUUCCUGCUCUAUUCCUUGAUCCAAUUGCACCUUCUGUCGUUUCUUAUGAAGAAGCCGCCCCUGAAAUUGACCAAACAGAUUCUUAUGUACAAGUGGGGCCUAAAAUGGCUGAUAGUACAUCUUCACCGACAGCUGUAAGAAGGAACAACACUCAAAGUAUGGUUAAACCAAGUGUGGCAGAUAUGUCAACAGGGAUUUCAACAAGAACUAGUGACUCUAAUGUACAGGUAACAGAAACAAAGGACUUAAAAGACAUUGUGGCUCAGACAGAUCUCCAGAUUUCGGAAUCACAUACUCAAACGGAUGCACUUCCAGAAAUCGUCCCGGAACCGGUAGUCAUUGUUGAAGCUCCAAUUGUUCAAACGGCUUUCCAAGAGCCCAAGCCCGCCACAAAAGAUGCAUCGACAUUAACAAAAGAUGUACCAAAAGUCAAAGACCAAUCUUCAGAAGUUACACCCGACUAUGAAGAAAAGGAAGUCCCUGCAUGGAAGAUAUCUGUUCAGAAUUUUACCACCCAAUUCGAUACACCACUACCUAAAUCAACCACAUCAGGUCAACAAACCUCGGUGUCAGUCCUUGAAAAAGGAACUGCCACCUUGGAAAAGACCCCUGGUUUUGCCGGAGUUCAAGUUUCACCAGUAUAUGAAACACACAGCACCUCUGUCGAAAUGAAAAUCUUGUCAUCGAGACCGGUUCAAGUCACUAUGGAGAAAGAAAACAGGAAUUCAGCAUCAAAUACAGACCGAAUUCAAACUGAAGAUGUGUCGGUUGAGGCAAAACUUGAUAGUGUUGAUACUCAAGAUGAGGGUGCUUCUACUAAUCGAAUUGAUAUGAAAGACUCUACUUUACAGAUCACAGCCGAAACAACAACGGCUGGAUCUCAGGUCACUUCAAGGGUGGCAUCAACAUCUUCAUCUGCACCCAGACCAUCUACGGCAACAAAAGAAAUUCAAAUUUCCUCCAAAUUGGUAGAAAAAGACACAUUAACGGAUGAGGUAAAGAAGAAGGACGCUGGUGUAACAGUUGACUUAUCAUCCAAAAAAGAGGUGGUAAAUUUCUAUUUGGAACAGCUGAAGAAGAAACCAAAGGUCAAUGCAAAAUCAUCUCAGUGUGACCUUCUUGUUGCUCCAAAAACGAAGGAUAUGGCAAGUGAAAUAAAACCAAAGGUACGAAAUCAACAGCAACAGAUAAAUCCAAAAGGAGAUAAUGAUGGUUCCCAGUACGACCAAGUGAAAGUGACCAGCAGCAGUACUCAAUUGUCCCUAGUCAAGCCUGUAUUGCAAGAUUUCUCGACACAAUCGAUUCCAUCCAUGAAAUCUACUGGCGCACUAGCAACGACUGAAGCUCGUGACAAAAUGUGCGAAGCAGACAUACCACAGGAAAGAGAAGAGAUAGUCCAACCUGAGAUAGUACAGCCUGUUCUGAUGGCCCCGACUUUCCUUCAGCCUGAGACAACCAAUGCUUCUAUGAACACGGAUAGUUUACCAAUAUCCUCUACUAUCGGUUCACAAAUUAAACCUGAAAUAUCAUCCCAGGCUUCAAUAGCUUUUCCAGACAUGGAGAGCACAUCGACAUCGACAGCACGUGUAGAUAUUGCAACAGAGAAGGUCCAAGCUUGCGCAACGGUUAAGGAGCUUGCCACAAAUACAGCUCAAAUAGAACUCAAGAGUACUUCUAGUUCGGCUGACAUAAAAAUUGUUCCUUCAACUUCUUCAAUCGGUGGACAGGUUGAUAUAAAAAACCCGGUUGCAGAUCAAGAGAGUCAAGUUCCCAAGACCGAGAUAAGGACAUUGGGAAGUAACACUGAGCAACCAGCCUCUACAAAGCAAUCUGCUUCACAAAUCCAGCCAUUUGGUGUUGAUAGUUCGAUGAAUACUGAGCAAGCAAGAAUAGAUGUGACAGCGGUCAACACGGUUUCACCAGAUUUUAGAAUCACCGAGGUGAAUACAUCCCCUGCACCAGAGAGGAGGAACACCUCUUCUCAGUUUUCGCUUCAGAGUACUACAUCUGCAGUAAUGGCUAUCCCUACCUUAUCUGAUGACACUACGCAAUAUGAGAGUUCUACUGUUGCAUCUGCGAUGAAUACCGAUAAGAUCAAACAGACUGACCAACAAUCACAUGUCAACUUUCAGUCUCCUGUUCAAACCGAGAAGAUUGUAAUGCAAGAGGUGCCAGCAGUCCAGUUCUCCACUCCUGUGUUUUCUCCACCGCUCACGGACACCGAAUCUCAAGCUACACCGGACCUGAGGAAUUCUGAAAGUAAUACCAGACUUAUUGAACUUGCAGAUUCUACAUCCCAAAUCCAACCAGCCAUGAGUACCACAAUGUCUGAAGCUCACCCAGAGACAGAACAUGUUGCUAUUGGAGUGUUCGUAGGUGGAAAAGACUUUGCACAGCAAGCUAAGAUAGAGGAUCAACCAACAUUAACCAGUGACUGUGGCUCAAACACAAUUCCUACCGAUGUAAAUGAUGGAUCUAGUAAUACUUCACCCCUACCUACUAGAGCAAAUAGUGGAUCUCAGAUAUCUGCAGCAACAUCUAUCGCAAAUAUUUUGGUUAAGCCAGAUGUUGAUGUGGGCUCUACAAUCACAACUUACAAUACGAAAGAUGGUUCAAGCAAUACUUCUCCCCUCCCAAAGUUAGCAGAUAGUGGAUCACAAAUUUUCAUUGACACAGCAACUGCAACAAUGACAGCUAAGCCACCAGUUGCUGAAGGAACAUCUAUUACGCAAAUCAGCGUCACGUCUAAUGAAACGCAGUAUGAAAGUUAUGUCACCAACAGUUCAUCAAAUACAAACAUAGUGUUGAACGUGGACAAAUCCUCGCUGGUAAAUAUACCCGAGGAAAUAAAAACAGAAAAGAUUAUCAUGCAACAAGCUCCUCCUGUAGAGUUUUCCCCUCCGGUUUUCUCUCCACAAAUUACCGAAACUGCAGCUCAGAUUACACCAGAGCAAAAAGAGUCAGGCUGCAACACAAUCUCAGUCAGCAUAAAAGACACACCAGCACAGGUCACACCAGAAAUGGCUUCAAUCAUGACAACAGUGCAACCAAGUACAUCAGAUAUGGCGUCCCAUGCGAGUGCAAGGAUCUCGGACUUCACUCAGCAGGCCAGAAUCACACCUGAGGCCUUAGAUGCCACUGUGCAAAUCAAGCCCAAUAUGACAACCACGAUGUCAACAGUGCAGCCCACGACAUCAGAGAAGGCGGCCCAUGUGUCUUCUCAGAGUUCAGACUUCACUCAGCAAGCUAAAAUUCAACCCGUAAUUGCAAAUGCCAGUGCUAACACCAUUGUCAAAGAAAUUAAAGAUGGAGCUAGUAACACUUCACCGCUUCCUGUGAGGGCACAUUGCUUUGUUAACACUGAAACUGUAGAACAUCAAGACCAAUCGUCCAUGGUGAAUAUUCCUACGGAGAUAAAGACAGAAAAAAUCAUCAAGGAAGUAGUUCCACCAGUUCAGUUCUCGGCUCCAGUUUUAUCACCGCCCAGUACUGAUUCUGAAUCGCAGAUUUCACCAGAUCAGGUUGACUCAAGCACAAACACUAAGCUCCCAGUUGCUCAGAAAGAUUCAAGUAGCAAUACCUCGGCUGUCAUCCUCAAAGAUGCACCAGUACAGAUAAAGCCGAAUAUGACAUCAACAAUGUCAACGGUUCAGCCGGUUAAAUCCGACAUGGCAGCACAUGCGAUCGCACAAAAUACAGACUUCACUCAGCAAGCUAAAAUCCAAGCUCAAAUCGCAGAUGCUGCUGCCAAUACCGAUGCUAAAGUUAUAAAAGAUGGAGCUAGCAACACGUCACCGCUUCCGGUGAGGGCACAUUGCUUUGUUAACACUGACGCUGUAGAACACCAAGACCAAUCUUCCAUGGUGAAUAUUCCUACGGAGAUAAAGACAGAAAAAAUCAUCAAGGAAGUAGUUCCACCAGUUCAGUUCUCGGCUCCAGUUUUAUCACCGCCCAGUACCGAUUCUGAAUCGCAGAUUUCACCAGAUCAGGUUGACUCAAGCACAAACACUAAGCUCCCGGUUGCUCAGAAAGAUUCAAGUAGCAAUACCUUGGCUGUCAGCCUCAAAGAUGCACCAGUACAGAUAAAGCCGAAUAUGACAUCAACAAUGUCAACGGUUCAACCGGUUACAUCCGACAUGGCAGCACAUGCGAUCGCACAAAAUACAGACUUUACUCAGCAAGCUAAAAUCCAAGCUCAAAUCGCAGAUGCUGCUGCCAAUACCGAUGCUAAAGUUAUAAAAGAUGGAGCUAGCAACACGUCACCGCUUCCGGUGAGGGCACAUUGCUUUGUUAACACUGACGCUGUAGAACACCAAGACCAAUCUUCCAUGGUGAAUAUUCCUACGGAGAUAAAGACAGAAAAAAUCAUCAAGGAAGUAGUUCCACCAGUUCAGUUCUCGGCUCCAGUUAUAUCACCGCCCAGCACCGAUUCUGAAUCGCAGAUUUCACCAGAUCAGGUUGACUCAAGCACAAACACUAAGCUCCCGGUUGCUCAGAAAGAUUCAAGUAGCAAUACCUGGGCUGUCAGCCUCAAAGAUGCACCAGUACAGAUAAAGCCAAAUAUGACAUCAACAAUGUCAACGGUUCAACCGGUUACAUCCGACAUGGCAGCACAUGCGAUCGCACAAAAUACAGACUUUACUCAGCAAGCUAAAAUCCAAGCUCAAAUCGCAGAUGCUGCUGCCAAUACCGAUGCUAAAGUUAUAAAAGAUGGAGCUAGCAACACGUCACCGCUUCCGAUGAGGGCACAUUGCUUUGUUAACACUGACGCUGUAGAACACCAAGACCAAUCUUCCAUGGUGAAUAUUCCAACGGAGGUAAAGACAGAAAAAAUCAUCAAGGAAGUGGUUCCACCAGUUCAGUUCUCGGCUCCAGUUUUAUCACCGCCCAGUACCGAUUCUGAAUCGCAGAUUUCACCAGAUCAGAUGGACUCAAGCACAAACACUAAGAUCCCGGUUGCUCAGAAAGAUUCAAGUAGCAAUACCUUGGCUGUCAGCCUCAAAGAUGCACCAGUACAGAUAAAGCCAAAUAUGACAUCAACAAUGUCAACGGUUCAACCGGUUACAUCCGACAUGGCAGCGCAUGCGAUCGCACAAAAUACAGACUUUACUCAGCAAGCUAAAAUCCAAGCUCAAAUCGCAGAUGCUGCUGCCAAUACCGAUGCUAAAGUUAUAAAAGAUGGAGCUAGCAACACGUCACCGCUUCCGGUGAGGGCACAUUGCUUUGUUAACACUGACGCUGUAGAACACCAAGACCAAUCGUCCAUGGUGAAUAUUCCUACGGAGGUAAAGACAGAAAAAAUCAUCAAGGAAGUGCUUCCACCAGUUCAGUUCUCGGCUCCAGUUUUAUCACCGCCCAGUGCUGAUUCUGAAUCGCAGAUUUCACCAGAUCAGAUGGACUCAAGCACGAACACUAAGAUCCCGGUUGCUCAGAAAGAUUCAAGUAGCAAUACCUUGGCUGUCAGCCUCAAAGAUGCACCAGUACAGAUAAAGCCAAAUAUGACAUCAACAAUGUCAACGGUUCAACCGGUUACAUCCGACAUGGCAGCACAUGCAAUUGCACAAAAUACAGACUUUACUCAACAAGCUAAAAUCCAAGCUAAAAUCGCAGAUGCUGCUGCUAAUACUGAUGCUAAAGAUAUAAGAGAUGGAUCCAGCAACACCUCACCACUUCCUGUAAGAGCAAACAUUGGUUCUCAAAUUCAGGCCGAAACCUCGACAACGUCUAUGAUGGCAAGACCAGUGAUUGCCGAUGAUUCUUCUAACACCAAAAUCAUUAUGCAUCAAGAUCAAGCUUCCUUCGCAAGUAUUCCAAUGGAGAUAAAGACUGAACAGGUUAUCAAACAAGAAGUUCCCCCAGUCCAAUUUUCAGCUCCUGUGUUCUCUCCUUCCAUAACUGAUUCUGAAGCUCAAAUAUCUCCAGAUCAGAUGGACUCGAGCACGAACACGAAAUUACCAUUAGCUCAGAGAGACUCUAGUAGCAACACAGUGACGGACGUAAAGGAUGGAGCAAGUAAUACAUCUCCUCUUCCGGUAAGGGCAAACAUUGCUUCGCAAAUCAAGGCUGACACGUCAAUUGCGUCGAUGAUGGCUAGACCAAUGGUGACAGAGGGUUCUGUUAAUACCAGUGUCCUGAAACAACAAAACCAAUCGAGUAAUACCUCACCACUACCCGUGAGGACUCAUUGUUUCGUUAACACUGAUGUUGUGGGGCAACAAGAUCAGGGUUUCAUGGUGAAUAUCAAACCAGAAACAGCAUCAAUAAUGUCAUCUGUCCGCCCUAUAAUGAUGGAUGCUGCAGCCCUCACCAUCGCCCGCUUUGAAGAUUUUACACAACAAGCUCGAAUCAAAGCUGACAUUAAAGACGCAAGUGGAAACACAGAUGUUACGGACGUAAAAGACUACGCUAGUAACACUUCCCCGCUUCCAGUCAGGGCGAAUACUGCUUCGCAAAUCAAGGCUGACACAUCGAUUGCGUCUAUGUCUGCCAGGCCACUUGUCACAGAAGAUUACACUGCAACAUUUCACAUUACAAAAUCCACUAGUGAAACGCAAUAUGAGAGUACUUCAGUCAGUAGUUCUAUGAACACAGUUUUAGUGAAACAACAUGACCAGGCUUCUCUGAUUAAUAUUCCCAUGGAAAUACAGACAGAACAAGUUAUCAAGCAAGAAGUUCCUGCUGUACAGUUUUCAGCUCCAACUAUGUCUCCUCCAGUUUCAGAAACUGGAUCCCAGGUUGCACCCGACCAAAUGGAGUCUAGUACCAACACAAAGCUCGCUACUGUCAAAAAAGAUUCGGGUGUAAACACAUCAGUCAGAGUCAAAGAUACACCAUCACAGAUCAAGCCAGAUCUGACCUCAACUAUGUCAACAGUGCAGCCUACAACAUCUGACAUGGCAGCCCAUGCAGUUGCACAGGCUGAAGAUUUCACCCAGCAAGCUAAGAUAGAGGAACCAUCUCCCGAAAUUGCUGAUGCAACUGCACAGGCCUCACCAAUUAUGACUUCUACAAUGUCAACAGUCCGACCAAGAACAUCGGAUACGGCCAGUCACGCAAUUGCCCUGGGUUCAGAUUUUAGUCAACAAGCUAAGAUCCAAGCAGAAAUUGCAGAUGCUUCUGCCAAUACCAAUAAAAUAUACGUAAAAGACGGUACUAGUAAUACUUCACCACGUCCAGUGAGGGCGCAUAUUGGUUCUCAAAUCCAGGCUGACGUAUCCUUUGAUUUUGCCCAACAAGCCAAGGUCCAAGCAGAAAUUUCAGAUGCAAUCGUCAAUACUGAUGUCACCAAUGUAACAGAGGAAGCCAGUAAUACCUCUCCUCUUCCAACGAGGGCAGCUGUUGGAUCUCAGAUCACCGCUAAAACUACGGCCUCGUCUGUCUCAGUCAGACAGACCGUUGCCGAAAGUUCAACAAUGACAUCUUUCAAAAAUUCAACGAGAGAGACACAAUAUGAAAGUAAAGCUAUCCACAGUGGGAUGAACACGGCUAUUACAGAACGAAAAGAGCAGUCUUCAUUUGUUAAUAUGCCUGUUGCUGUGAAGACGGAGGAGAUCAUACGCCAGCAGGUACCAUCUGUACAAUUUGCUCCAGCAGUGUUCCCUCCUCAGCUUACGGACAUUGCAGCGCAGAUAAAACCCGAUCAGAGUGAAUCAAGUACCAAUACGCAGUCUAAGAAAUUCAGAGACACUACAUCUCAGGUGAUAUCAACCACCCAAACAAAAGAUUCUAUGGCACAGGUUGUGGUCGAUCAAAGUACGUCAAGUAGUAAUACAAAUAUAAUUGAGCAAGCCGACUCUAACGUACAAGUAAAACCGUCAGUCAUAUCAACAAUGUCCACUAUACGUCCCACCACAGGGACAGUAUCGAUUUCAGCAACAGUCGAUGGCAGAGACUUUACCCACCAGGCUUUGAUUAAACAAUUUACACCUGAAUUAUCAGAUGCUGGAUCAAACACCGACAGGGUCGCUCUGAAACAUGAAGAAAGUAACACGAAAUCAGUUAUUCUUACUGAUGGGAUAAGCAAUACAUCUCCCCUUCCACAGAGGGCGUCAACUGGUUCUCAAGUUGGUGUUGAAGCGUCGACCUCAUCGAUGAUGGCCAAACCUGAUCUGAAGUCCUCGAAGACUUCCCCUAUUCUCGUAAGAAAGCAGGACCAAGCAACACAUGUCAAUAUUCCUGUACCUGUAUCUGUUACAGAGGAGAUAACGCGGCAAGAGGCUGUACCAGUAGAAUUUGCUCCUGUAUUUAAGCCAGAAUUUACAAACUCAGAGGCUCAGAUUCAACCAGUACAGACCGAUUCAAGCACAAAUACUAAACAAGUUGAAGUACGAGAUUCAACAUCUCUUACCGAAAAGACAGCCGUACAACAGUCCACCACCCAGAUAACUCUUCUACAGGCAAAUUCUAGUAGCAAUACUACAAUUGUUCAUGUUAAAAAUGCUGCUGCUCAGAUUGAAGGUCCCAAGACAAGAGACCUAUCUUCUCAGGUGAAGCCAGGUAGUUCCUCAGCAAUAUCAAUGGCAACUGUUUCACAACAAGAUGUUACCGUUCAGAUGGCGGAAAAUGUUCCUGUUAUCAGAGACACUGGUUCCAAUACUGCACAUGUUCAUUUAGUAGAUGAUUCGAGCAAUACUUCACCUCUCCCAACUAGAGCCAACAGUGCUGCACAGAUAUCAACAAUGACCUCUAAUUCCACCAUGAUGGCCAAGCCGUCAAUGGCAGUGGGUUGUACUUCUCCAAUACUCCAGAAGAAGCGUGAUCGAUCAUCCCAAGCUAAUUUACCAACUGUCACGACUGAAGAGAUUAUCAAAGUGGAACAGCCCACUGUUGAGUAUGCCCCGAUUAUUCUCAUGCCAGAGAUUGCCGAAAUUGGAGCUCAAGUUGAACCAAAUCAGAUGGAAUCGAGUACCAAUACAACGAAGGUUGAUUUGAAGAAUACUUCAUCGCAGAUGAAGGAAACGGAAGUCAAGGAAUCAAACACUCAGAUCUAUAAAUCAGUGUCACACACAAGCAGUAAUACAUUGAAUGUUAGUGUCACAGAUACCAUGACUCAACUUGAAAGACUAGAAAUGCGAAACGUGAUGGCACAAUCUUCGCCAACUACUGCAUCAACCGUUGCAUCCAUAAAACCGGAAACUGAGGAUGCUAGUACUAUUUCAGAGGUAGAAAGUAAAGACUUUACCAACCUGGCAGUAAUUGAAGAACCUUUGCCUGACAAUAUGGAUACAAGUUCAAAUACAGAUAGUGUGCCUGUGAAGGACGGGAUGAGCAAUACGUCACCUUUGCCCAAACGUGCGAAUAUUGGCUCGCAAAUUUCACUUACUACUGCGUCAACCAUAUCAUCAGUAAAACCAGAAACUGAGGAUGCUAAUACUCUUUCAGAGGUAGACAGCAAAGACUUCACUAACCAGGCCGAAAUUGAAGAACCUUUGCCUGACAAUAUGGAUACAAGUUCAAAUACAGAUAAUGUGCCUGUUAAGGACGGGAUGAGCAAUACAUCACCCUUGCCCAAACGUGCGAAUAUUGGCUCGCAAAUUUCGCUUAGUACUGCGUCAACCAUAUCAUCUGUGAAACCAGAAACUGAGGAUGCUAGUACUAUUUCAGAGGUAAAAAGCAAAGACUUCACUAACCAGGCCGUAAUUGAAGAACCUUUGCCUGACAGUAUGGAUACGAGUUCAAAUACAGAUAGUGUGCCUGUAAAGGACGGGGUGAGCAAUACAUCACCCUUGCCAAAACGUGCGAAUAUUGGCUCUCAGAUCUCCGCUUCUACGCAAGAUGAUACAACCUCGCCGAUUCUUAUGAGGAAGUCCGAUCAGGCUUCACAUGCAAAUAUACCUGACGUCAAGCACGAGGUAGUGAUUAAGCAGGAGGCGAUUCCAGUAGAAUUGGCACCCGUCUUUAAACUUGAGCUUGAAGAUUCAGCAUCACAGAUCGAGCCUGAUCAAAUGGACUCGAGUUCUAAUACGAAGACUCUUCUGAUCAGAGAUUCUUCAUCACAAUCUGACAAGUUGAACACAGAUGAUUCUGCCGCACAAGUUCGUCCUCUCACAGAAGCCUCAUAUUCGUCGACAGCUGUGAAAAGAUUCGAUUUCACCCAACAAGCUGAGAUUGAGCUAAAAGCACCAAGCUCUACGGAAACGGGAAUCAACACUGAUACAAAGAGAACGUCCAGUUUUAAAGUUCAGGUGAAACCAAUGUCCACAGCAGUGUCUGCAACUGCAAAGCCUACGUUAGGUGACAGCUUUAGUAACACCGAUCGUGUAGAUACUGUGACACAACCAACUCAAACAAUGCAUGAACCAAAUACAAAAGAGCUGGAAGUCCAAAAUUCGCCAAAUACAGUGGAACACAGUGCAGGCACUGUUCAUUCUCAAUUUUCGAGCUCACUAACUCAUUAUGACAUCACUUCGACCAAUAUUGCUUCACAAAUGAGGAUUCAGACGGCGAAUAUUUCAUUGACAGCACAGACACCAACACAGGAAUCGAAGACGGAUCCUAUAAUCUUGAAAAAAGCAAAUCAGAAAACCCAAUGUGAGCUCAUUUCUUCCGAGAUUUCAAUGAAUACCGAGUUUAUCCAAAAGAAAGAUCAAUCGAGCCAAGCUGAUAUUCCUUCACCUAUAACUGAAGAUGUAGUCAAGGAAGAUGCACCUGAGGUUGAACUACCCGCUGUCGUAUUCCAAGUUGAAAUGUAUGAUGUCGAAACACAGACAACCUCUACUUUUACAGAAAGUGGUACAAAUACAGCUGUAGUAAAAAUUAGUGAUACCACUCUACAGGUGUCACCUAUUACUACAAAUACAAGCAGUAAUACCGCUUCUAAGAAGAUCUCCGUAACUGCCGUAAAUACCAUGUCGCCUCCAGAAACGAUUGAAACAGCAUCACAGAUGGCGGUACGAACUGCAUCAGCUGCAAUGAUGGCAAAACCAGUUAUUCGUCAUGCGAACACGACUACAUCCACCAGGUACUUUAAAUCACAGCUUAUUCAGCAAGACAGAUCAUUCACUGAUGCUUCGGUCAAUACCGAAUCAGCCAAGAAAACAGAGAAAGCAUGUGAAGCAAAUAUGCUUACACCUGAGGAAGUUCGACCAGAAUACCAAGAUGCCCAGGCUCAAAUAGCUCCUGUAAUAUAUGAAAAGUGUUCUAAUACAUUAGUGAAGAACUUGACGAAUAGCCAAUCACAGUUUUUGGUGCCCCAGUCUUCUACAUUAACAAACACACCUAAACGACCGAGUACCGCGGAAAGUACAGCCCAAAUACAGCCAGAAACUGAUUCAACAUCAGCUCACGCCUUCGCUGAAAUGGGGGAAGCAUCAAUGUUUGCAGGUGUCGUCGCACAAGACUUUACACAACAAACUAUUCUGGACGAAAUUGGAACAACGGCAACAAAUACUCAGCCUGAUCCAGAGACCAUUGAAGCAACAGCUCAAGUGAAUCCUAACGUCACUUCAGUGUCAUCAUUGGCUCAACCAGUUAUAACGUCUGAGACGAGCAUUACGAAAGAGACACUUUUGUAUUCAUACCAGUCUCAAACAAAGGAAGUGAAAGACAGAAGCAAAACAGUUGUUAAGAUGAUCAACACAGGGGCACAGACAAAUCCAGUAACCAUUAUUGAUUUUGUUCCAGUGACCGUAGACUCGACCGUGCAAUACGAGACAAAAUAUUACUAUUCUGGGAUGCAAGCAAGAGUACCAUCCCUCCAACAAGGCAGUCAUGCUGUAGUAGAAAGCUUCUCAGAAUCUUCAACGACGGUUCCACGUGAAACUCAAGAUUCAUCAAACGACCCAAUUCUUAAAAAAGCGAUGGAUGAACCUUCUCAAGUUUUCCCCACUGAGUCCAGGAAUGUUAAUACUCAACACGAGACAAAGACUGAUACACAAUUCCUUCAAACGCAAAUUGAGCAACUGGAAAAAAUAACGUUCGCUUCAGUUGCUAAGGAAAUGAGUGUGCAGGAAUCUCAGUUUGUAACAGAGACUCAAGCUUCUUGCUUCCAAUCUUCACCAGAUAUUUUAGAUGCUACCACGUCAAUAGAUGUUACAGAUAAGGAUGAGACACAACAAGCAUCCCCAGCGCUUAGAGAAGGUCAUACUGUUAUGGCUGAAGUCAAAACGUCUAUUGCAUCAUCGCAACACAAGUUGUCAACGGCUGAAUCAUCCAUUCAGGCACAAGUAAAACGUCUUGAGAAAAUAACAUUUGCAGAAUACGACAAAGAACUGAAGGAACUUGGUCUUCAAUGGUCAACUAAAGUAAACAGUGAGGGUUCACAGUUCUCUCCUGAAAUGCAUGAUGGCUUUACUGAUUCAUCUCAUGUGGAUGUUAGUAGCACUGAAUGUCAGGUUACGAAUGACGUGAAUGAGAGAUCUUCAAUGACUGAAAUGACACUUGAGGAUAUCGAAAGCUUGCUGAACGCUGUUAAGAAAAACAUCACUGACACAAUCAAAGAAGAAAUGGUUGUACCAACACUUGCUAAACCAGAAGAAAUGGCAUUUGAUCUUGAUGUUGAGACUGAAGACACUGGAAUCCAGACACUCCUUGAAACUAUAUCUCGCAGCGCAAGCCCUAUCCUGCAAGAAAUGAAGAAUAUGGCGAUACAGUACGAAAAAGCCUUUGAAAUUAGGCACAAAGAGUUGACAGUAAUUCCGGAUACACUCGAAGAGGCAAUCAAUACAGCUCGGACUGAAUUGGAAUCUGCAUUGACUCAGCAUGGAAUUGCUUCAAAGCAUGCAGCAUUCCAGGCAAAAUCGGAUGUUUCAGAAGUUUCGACAUGGAUUCCACAUACACAAUUGAAGGAACAAUCUACACAAGAAACUAUGAAGCGUGUAUUUGGGCAGGUACAGGUAGCACCUGCAUCGGCGGAAAGAGGAAUAAUGCCGGAGAAACAGCGACUUGGGAAAGCAUCUACUCAAGCAUUCAUGGAAGUGUCGCCAAAAUGGACUCAGUAUGACAUCGAUAGACCUUCAUCGGGUAUGCAGGCAGGAGUUGAUCAAACAGAUGGGUGGUUCCAAACGAAAGAAUACAAGCAGCCUGUCUUUGAGCCCAUACAACAAGAACAGCAAAAAGAGGAACACUAUGAGUUUUCCUUACGUCCGGAAUGCAUCAACGCUGAGAUUCAAACAGACCCAGUUAUCAUCAAGUCAUUUGAUGAUAAUGACGACAUGGAGACUGAAACGGAUGCAGAUAGCGGUAUUGAAAUAGACAUGCAAACUGACCCUGUUGUUGUAAUGACGGAGCAAGAAUAUGAAGAACUUAUCUCGAGGCCUAUUUCUGAAGAUACCGUCUCACAGACGCCAAAGGUGCUAACUCAACCUUUCACGCACCAAUUUCUAACAUCCGGUCAGACUGAGCCUACCCAAACGCAUCUGUCAACAUUGGCAGGAAGCACAAUGACAAAUGAUAUGAAAUUCACACUCCAGUCCACCCAGACCAAAUCAAGCGCAUCCGCGGAUACCAAGACUCAGUAUGAAUCGAUCUAUGAUGAAAAGAAUACACAAAUACUUGUCCACCGUGCGGAAGGUUAUACAGAAAUGAUUCCAAGUAAGUUUCCAACACUGCUACAACAGACAUAUGAGAUGGAGGCAGCUAGCAAGACAAUGUUUACCCCUGUUGUGUCCCAUUCAGACCGUGACCAACAAACUGUACCUGAAAAGGCGGAACAUAAAGCUAUUUCCCCUACUAUUACACUUGGGAGAAGUGAAGUGACACAGACAGGCUCAGUACAAACAUUAGAAAGUACUACCCUCUCAGUGAAGACUGAAACAUCAUACAUCGGAUCCCAAACUGAUGUCCCGACAAUGAAAAGCCGCGACAAUCAGUAUGAUGUAGUUGGCACAGACAUCGAAUUGCAGACACGCAUUUCAGAAAUGAAUUCAUUUACUACCAGCACGGAGACUGAUGUUGAUCACUAUGUAUCCCAGACGAAGGAAACAGAUGUACACGACUCUUCAUCUUGGACCGAAGUUACGUCUUACCCUGCUUCUGGUACACAAACGGACGAGUGUCCAUCUGAAAUACUCCAGGAAGUAAUUCAUCUCCAGUCUGUGGAACCGGUGACAUAUGCGCCGGUUGAACUGAUGCUUCCUGUAGCAGUGACAGAUUGCCAGACCCAAACAAUAGAUACAAGUGCAGUUUCACACCAAACAGAUACUCAGAAAACAAUUGACCGUGGUGGUAAUGCAUCUUUAGCAGAAGUUUCUAAUGCUGGAAUGAUGGCUACCGCAAAUACGACAAGUGUGCCGGCUCAGGAUAUAAUCGAAAUAGAUAUGGCGGAAAAUCAGACGACCGUGCAAGUGACAGAUACGGCUUCUAGCCCCAUAUUCGGAAGAAAAUCUACAGCAGAAAAAAGUGUCCAGCAGCAAGUUGAUAACUCCAAUUCAAGUGCCCAAACAAAGAACAAAGAUUAUCAAACAAAGCUUACAUCAACUGAAAAGACCAUGAAUGAUUCAUCUAUACAGACUGAAAUACCGAUGGUUACUAUCAUUGAAGAAGCUGUGAAACCGGUUCAACUUACUCUGGAACGUUCUCUGCCGAAUCUUUCAGCUCUUAAGCCAGAGGUAGCUGACUCUUCGUCACAGACAACAGGAUUUGAGACUUCUGAUAGACAAGCAGCGACCAGUCCCGUAACGACUUUAGACCGCCAAUCGGCAACGAGUCCUGUAACUAUUUAUGAAACAGGAUUACAGCAUGAAACGCCAAAAUCAGAGGAUAGGUUCAUAAGCACAUUCCAAACUGCUCUCUUAGAAAGCGUUGAUCAAACAAGAAUUAUUGACAUCGAUCACAAACCUUCUCAGGCUCAGCCUCAAAUGACGAAUAUUCGUACUCAAGCUGGUGUUAAUCUAUCCAGUGCCGUUACCCAGGCAAAACCAAACACAUUCGAGGCAAAAUUACAAGUUAUUCCAUUGAAGGUUGCAACAAAGGAUUCGGGCAUCCAGCAUGACACUGAAAUGCCACCAUUGAAUAACUCUACAUGUCAAACUGACUUCGAGGAUAUUCCAUUUGAAGAGAUAGUAGUGGUCUCACAAGCAAAGGUCGAAAAUGAACCUUUCUUUAUGGUGCAGGAAACAGCUGAUUUCACAUGCCAGACAGCUGAUGAAAUAGAAGAACAUGCAUUCAAUACAGAUCCCAUCCAGCACACAGAUUUCCAUGACCAAACUAUGUCGAAUUUGAUGCCGAGGUCUUCCUCACCGGUUGUUCAAGAUGUAGUUAAUCAACCAUCCCAGACACCUGCACAACAGAAGACACCCACGAGGGACUCAACUAUCCAGCAUGAUGUGAAAUCGAAGGAAUCAUUGACACAGACUGCAUUACAAACCAUGAUGAAAGCGUUUUCGCCAAUGUUACCUCGUUCUGCAGUAAAGGAAGCACAAACGCCAGAUGGAGUAAAGGUCGUAGUUGAUACGAAGUUAGUACAGUCUACUCAAAUUGGUCAUGAGCAAUCAAGCCAGUCAGCGAUUCCAACUGCAGAAUUGGGAACAUCAACAGUACUACCUAAAAUGGUAAAGAUAGAUACACAAACAAUUAUUGAACCUGUAACACAAUCAUCAGAGUCAUUAACCCAGUACGAGCCCUCAUCUUCACAUGUGCAUAAUCAGACGGCAUAUGAUGUAAAACAAAGAUCAUCAUCAACCGUUCAAACCCCUGCUGCUGAUGUUUCUUCUCAAAGUGAUUUACUUGGACACGGGAAAGAAUCACAGACAUUCAUGGACUCCAUUGCAAAAGCAAUUUCACCCAUGCUUCCUCGAGCAAUGAGCCAAGCUCUGCAGACUCGUGGCGAACGAAAGCAAGUAAAAGAAGCUUCAUCACAACAUGACACACAAAGAGAAGCCACUGCUAGCCAGUAUAUUUCAUCAAAUCAAGACAACGAAGUCCAGUUCCUUGCUUCAUCAGCCGAUCAAUCAUCAUCUCCACUGAUGACUUCAAAAUUAGAUCACAGUUUGCAAACGCUUCGACAACACAGGGAACAAACUAGCACGCAAAUUGAUCAAGUGAGUCAACACAAGGCCACUCAGUUGGAAUUUAAAUUGAAAGAUGCAGGGACUGAAAGCAGGGUUAAUAUUGCUCAAGGUUCAACUCAACAAGAUUUCAAAAUGGGAAACAUAACUACUCAAUCCGGAGUGGAACAAGAUGAUAUUUCCAAUCAAUACCAAGUGAACCUGGAUGAUUCAGGGAGUCAGACACCCGGUAAAAGUGCCACUGAAACUUCUACAUUAACACCACAAUCCUUGUCAAUUGGUUCCCAAACAUUGACAGAAGAAAUUGUUGUCACUACUCCUGUAGUACAGGAGUUUGCACCUAUUAUGCCACAGAUUGUGACAUUGGAAUCAGAACCACCUCGAAUGACAACCAGCACCUCUACACAAUACGAAAGAGUGCCCAUUGUUCCAAAGGUGUCUUCUCCAAUAAUUAUACGAGCAAAUGACAACGAGUCUCAGACAACAACGAAAGUAAUUCGUGAAUCACACAUUCAGACCAAGGUCAAAACUAUCCAGAGAGCAUCUUCACCCAUUAUGAUGCAACAAGAUGAUCAUAUCACUCAAUACCAAUCACAUGUUACCAACACGUCCACAACGUUCCAAUCACAUACCGAGAAAUUAGAUCAAGCUUCACAGCAUGAACUCAAAUUGGACAAUAGGGCUACUGGAAUAGCCAUUUCCCUGGGAGAUGUUUCUACGGAUUACGAAACGAAAGUGGAAAAGAAGUUCACUGAAUACAAAACCACAUUUGCCGAAUCUCCAUCGCAAACAACUGUCGAAAUUUUUGAUCAAGCUUCUUCUCCUCGUCUCCUCCGUGCAUCUCAUCAGAUUCAACAAACUCCCCCUGUUGUUGCAGUGCGUAUGAAGACUGCUGUUUCACAACAUGUCUCUCAUACAGAACAAAAUACAACCCAAUGUAAGGUUUCAAACCGUGAUGGCACAAGCCAAGUUGAACAGAAUAAAGAUGAAAUGUCUGCUCAGUAUGAGAAUAUGACGGAGGACAACGAAGCGCAGUAUGUUUUCGACACAUCUCAUUCUACAACUCAAUACGAAGUUAUUGGUAAGGAUACUGAAACCCAGCACGGGAUGAUGCAAGAAGAUGCCAACACUCAAAGCAGUGCUGAACUUAGCCCAGCUGGACACCAAACAGUCAAUGUACUAAGCAACCAAGCUUCGUCUCCAAUCCUGUCAAGGGUAAAUAAUCAGUUGCUUCAGACCCCUCUCCAAGCAGGAAAAACGAAACGAACAAUGUAUACUCAGUUUGAUAAGAAGGGUGCUGAGAUAUCUACUCAGUAUGAAAAGGCAAGUCAAGAGAACACCUCUCAGUAUGAAUUCAAACAAACAGACAGUGAUACUACGUUCGAAGUGAAGAUGAACGAAACUACAACACAGUAUGAACUGAAACAACGAAGUACUGAUACCCAAACACCUGCGUAUCCUGUUCCCGUGGAAGAUGCCAUUCUGCGAGAAAUUGUUGCUCCUGUUCAACAUGCUGCUCCAAACUUGCCACCAGCUAAGUCAGACAAUUGGAGUCAGUAUGAAAGAAAUACGGCUAGUACCACGAUACAAUAUGAUCCUCAGACGCAGGAAAGCUCCAUGCAACAUCAACUUAAUGAGCAGACUGGGUCAUCACAAUAUGACACUCAACAACAUGAAUCUACAACGCAAGCAGUCAUAGAGAAAGAUCUAUUUGCCGGUCAGACCAAACUUGAGACACAACAGCAAGCUUCGUCUCCUAUCCUACGUCGUGUUGCCAGUCAGGCACUUCAGUCACCUAGACCAGAAAGCAUAGAAAAGAACGAUGGAUUCACACAAUAUGAAACCAAACAGGAUGACAUGUCUACACAAUACAAUGUAAAGACAAAAGAUUAUGCGAGUCAACGUGAUGUCAAGCAUGAUGACAAAGUGACACACUAUGAUGAUAUGGGCCAGGAAGGGUCGGCACAGUACGACAUAAAUGCAACAUCUAAAGGUACGACGCAGUAUGAAGUGAACAUGCAGAGCUCAGACAGUCAAACACCCGACUAUCCGAUUCCUGUUGAAGAUGCUAUUCUGCGGGAAAUUGUUUCCCCUGUCCAACAUGCAGCACCAGCUUUACGACCACCAAUGAUAGACGGCUCUAGUCAGUGUGAACGGAUAAUGGACAACACCACGACUGACUACGAUUUAAAGAUGCAAGAAAGUUCGGUGCAACAUAAGCUAGAAGGGAAAGAUAGAGCUACACAAUAUGACAUUCAACAACAUGAAAAUACAACCCAGUCUAUUACAGAGAAUCAAGCGACUGCGAGCCAAUCCGUGUUGGAAACCCAACAAAAUGCCUCAUCUCCUAUUCUCCGCCGUGUUAACAAUCAAGCACUUCAGACACCUAAAUCAAAGGGUGUCGAGAAGAGCGAUGGAUUGACACAGUACGAGCUUCAAAUGGGUGAUUCUUCCUCACAGGCUAUUCAUGAAGGAAAAGAUGGUUCGACUCAGUCAGUACUCUCAGUUGCUCCUGCUCAAGCACAAUACGAAAGUUCAGCCAUUGAUGCAAAUCCUCAAUAUGAAAGGAAAGAUGAGCAGAUGUCGACCCAAUAUGACACUAUGAAAGAAGAAAUUACUACGCAGUACCGAAGGCGCCAAGAGGAUGGAACAAGUCAAUACGAAAAUGAUGUCACUGAUGGAACUUCUCAGUAUGACAGGAAAGGAGAGAUUGCUCAGACCCAGCAUACAUUACAGGGCAUUGACAGCGUGUCUCAGUAUGAGAAAAUGGAACAGGACGGUACAACAACUUAUGUCAACAACGUACAGGAGAGACCAACUCAGCACGAUGUGCACAGCCAACUGUUUGGAAGUCAAACUGUUUUUGAAGCACAGCAGAAAGCUUCUUCCCCAAUCCUUCGUCGCGUAAACACUCAGGAACUUCAGACUCCUUCGCCCAUCGAAAUCCAGAAGAAGAAUGUAUUAACAGGGAAUGAACUUACACAAAAUGAUUCAUCCUUGCAGUUUGUGACGACUGUUGCUUCUGUCCAGACUCAAUACCAAAACUCGUCUUCUGAAGGAACUACACAGUAUGAAAUGAAUCUGCACAGCUCAGACAGUCAAACACCCGACUACCCUAUUCCUGUUGAAGAAGCUAUUCUGCGGGAAAUCGUUUCCCCUAUCCAACAUUCAGCACCAGCUUUACCACCACCAAAGAUAGACGGCUCUAGUCAGUGUGAACGGAUAAUGGACAACACCACGACUGACUACGAUUUAAAGACGCAAGAAAGUUCGGUGCAGCAUAAGCUCAAAGGGGAAGAUGGAGCUACGCAGUAUGACAUUCAACAAAAUGAGAUUUCAACCCAGAUGGCUACAGAAAAUCAAGCGACUGCGAGCCAAUCUGUGUUGGAAACCCAACAACAUGCCUCAUCUCCUACUCUCCGCCGUGUCAACAAUCAGGCACUCCAAACACCUAAACCAAAAGGAGUCCAGAGGAGCGAUGGAUUGACACAGUACGAGCUCAAAAUGGGUAAUUAUUCUUCACAGGCUGUUCAUGAAGGAAAGGAUGGUUCGACUCAGUCAGUACUUUCUGUUGCUCCUGCUCAAGCACAAUACGAAAGUUCAGCCAUUGAUGCAAGUCCUCAAUAUGAAAGGAUUGAUGAGCAGAUGUCAACCCAAUUUGACACUAUGAAAGAAGACAUUGCUACGCAGUACCAAAGGCGCCAAGAGGAUGAAACAAGUCAAUACGAAAAGGAUGUCACUGAUGGAACAUCUCAGUAUGACAGGGAAGGAGAGAUUGCUCAGACCCAGCAUACAUUACAGGGCAUUGACAGUGUGUCUCAGUAUGAAAAAAUAGGAAAAGACAAUGCAACAGAAUAUGUCAAGGAAACACAGGAAAUACCAACACAGCAUGAGGUGAAAUAUCAGUUGUUUGGGAGUCAAACCAUUUUUGAAACACAACAGCAGGCCUCGUCUCCUAUUUCUCGCCGAGUAACUAGUCAGGAACUUCAAACUCCCUCGUCCAUCAAAAUUGAGAAGAAGGAUGGGUCGACACAGUACGAUAUUAAACAUGGUGAGACAUCCUCACAGGUCGUUCUUGAAGGAAAGGAUGGUUCGACGCAGUCAGUACUCUCAGUUGCUCCUGCUCAAGCACAAUAUGAAAGGUCAGCCAUUGAUGCAAAUCCUCAAUAUGAAAGGAUUGAUGAGCAGAUGUCAACCCAAUAUGACACUUUAGAAGAAGACAUUGCUACCCAGUACCAAAUGCGCCAAGAAGAUGGAACAAGUCAAUACGAAAGGGAUGUCAGUGAUGGAACUGCUCAAACCCAGCUUGCAUUACAGGGCAUUGACAGCGUGUCUCAGUAUGAGAAAAUGGAACAGGACGGUACAACAACUUAUGUCAACAACGUACAGGAGAGACCAAGUCAGCAUGAUGUGCACAGCCAACUGUUUGGAAGUCAAACUGUUUUAAAAACACAGCAGAAAGCUUCUUCCCCAAUUCUUCGUCGUGUGAACACUCAGGAACUUCAGACUCCUUCGACCAUUAAAGUCCAGAGAAAGGAUGCAUUAACAGGAAAUGAACUUAAACAAAAUGAUUCAUCCUCGCAGUUUGUGACGACUGUCGAUUCUGUCCCAACUCAAUACCAACCCUCAUCUUCUGAAGGAACUACACAGUAUGAAAUGAAUCUGCACAGCUCAGACAGUCAAACACCCGACUACCCUAUUCCUGUUGAAGAAGCUAUUCUGCGGGAAAUCGUUUCCCCUGUCCAACAUUCAGCACCAGCUUUACCAACACCAAAGAUAGACGGCUCUAGUCAAUGUGAACGGAUAAUGGACAACACCACGACUGACUACGAUUUAAAGAUGCAAGAAAGUUCGGUGCAACAAAAAGUACUAGAGCACGAUGGAGCUACGCAGUAUGACAUUCAACAACAUGAAAUUACAACCCAGUCUAUUACAGAGAAUCAAGCGACUGCGAGCCAAUCCGUGUUGGAAACCCAACAACAUGCCUCAUCUCCUAUUCUCCGCCGUGUUAACAAUCAGGCACUUCAGACGCCUAAAUCAAAGGGUGUCGAGAAGAGCGAUGGAUUGACACAGUACGAGCUUCAAAUGGGUGAUUCUUCCUCACAGGCUAUUCAUCAAGGAAAAGAUGGUUCGACUCAGUCAGUACUCUCAGUUGCUCCUGCUCAAGCACAAUACGAAAGUUCAGCCAUUGAUGCAAAUCCUCAAUAUGAAAGGAAAGAUGAGCAGAUGUCGACCCAAUAUGAAACUAUGAAAGAAGAAAUUACUACGCAGUACCAAAGGCGCCAAGAGGAUGGAACAAGUCAAUACGAAAAUGAUGUUACUGAUGGAACUUCUCAAUAUGACUGGAAAGGAGAGAUUGCUGAGACUCAGCAUACAUUACAGGGCAUUGACAGCGUGUCUCAGUAUGAGAAAAUGGAACAGGACGGUACAACAACUUAUGUCAACAACGUACAGGAGAGACCAACUCAGCACGAUGUGCACAGCCAACUGUUUGGAAGUCAAACUGUUUUUGAAGCACAGCAGAAAGCUUCUUCCCCAAUCCUUCGUCGUGUAAACACUGAGGAACUUCAGACUCCUUCGCCCAUCGAAAUCCAGAAGAAGAAUGUAUUAACAGGGAAUGAACUUACACAAAAUGAUUCAUCCUCGCAGUUUGUGACGACUGUUGCUUCUGUCCCAACUCAAUACCAACCCUCAUCUUCUGAAGGAACUACACAGUAUGAAAUGAAUCUGCACAUCUCAGGCAGUCAAACACCCGACUACCCUAUUCCUGUUGAAGAAGCUAUUCUGCGGGAAAUCGUUUCCCCUAUCCAACAUUCAGCACCAGCUUUGCCACCACCAAAGAUAGACGGCUCUAGUCAAUGUGAACGGAUAAUGGACAACACCACGACUGAUUACGAUUUAAAGAUGCAAGAAAGUUCGGUGCAACAAAAAGUACUAGAGCGCGAUGGAGCUACGCAGUAUGACAUUCAACAAAACGAGAUUUCAAUCCAGAUUGCUACAGAGAAUCAAGCGACUGCGAGCCAAUCUGUGUUGGAAACCCAACAACAUGCCUCAUCUCCUAUUCUCCGCCGUGUCAACAACCAGGCACUUCAGACGCCUAAAUCAAAGGGUGUCGAGAAGAGCGACGGAUUGACACAGUACGAGCUUCAAAUGGGUGAUUCUUCCUCACAGGCUGUUCAUGUAGGAAAAGAUGGUUCGACCCAGACAGUACUCUCAGUUGCUCCUGGUCAAGCACAAUAUGAAAGUUCAGCCAUUGAUGCAAAUCCUCAAUAUGAAAAGAAAGAUGAGCAGAUGUCAACCCAAUAUUUCACAAUGAAAGAAGACAUUGCCACACAGUACCAAAGGCGCCAAGAGGAUGGAACAAGUCAAUACGAAAAUGAUGUCACUGAUGGAACUUCUCAAUUUGAUAUGAGAGGAGAGAGUGCUCAGACCCAGCAUACAUUACAGGGUAUUGACAGCGUGUCUCAGUAUGACAAAACAGAACAAGAUGAUACAACAGAAUAUGUCAAGGAUGUACAAGAAAGGCCAACACAGCAUGAGGUGCAUAAUCAGUUGUUUGAAAGUCAAACCGUACUCGAAUACCAACUGGCUGUCAGCCAGACGGAACUAGAGUGUCAACAGCAAGCGUCCUCUCCUAUCCUUCGUCGUGUGACCAACCAGGCUCUUCAAACUCCUAAAUCGAAGGAAGUCCUGCAGAAUGAUAUUUUGACAGAAUAUGACCUCAAGAAUGAUGACAUAUCUACCCAGCUUGACGUCAAAAGAGAAGAUUCUACUACACAAUAUAUACAUGCACCUGAAAAUGCCGAGACACACUGCGGCAUUAUCGGACAAGAGACUUCGACACAAUAUGAGAAAAAAGAUGAAGAUAUUUCGACACAGCAUGGGUUAGGUGGACAGAAUACCACAACUCAAUCUAGAGUUUCAAUUCAAGAUACAGCAACUCAGCAAGAACGAAUUUCAAAGGAUGAAUUCACGCAACAUAGAGCGGAUAAGAAAAGCACACUAACUCAAAAUGAAGUCAAGAUAUCGGAAACAGCGGCGUCUCCUCUCCUUCGUCCGAAAUCGAGCCAGAUUGUGCAGACACCAAAGGGUCUUAUAGAUGGGAGCAGUCAGUAUGAGGGGAGUACACAUGAAAUCGCUAGUCAAUAUGAGGGAUCAAGGGAAGGUGCUACCACUCAAUCUGAUAUCACCGGCGUAGUAGGUGAAACACAAUAUCAAAGAAGUGUAAAUAAUGCUGAAACGCAGCAGACACCAAAGUCUACAGAAGUAGAAAAGAUCAAUGAGUUAACGCAACACGAGAUUGAGCAGGGAGACUCAUCCUUGCAGUUUAUCCCAGAGCAAACAGAUGGUUCAAUCCAGUCCGUGUUCGCCGCUUCAUCUGUCCAAACCCAAUAUGAGAGUUCAACCAACGAUGCAACGUCUCAGUAUGGAAGACAGGGUCAACAUAUAUCAACACAGAACGACCAAACAAAGACAGAUACAGUGACUCAGUAUGAGAGCCGUUUAGAAGAUGGAACCAGCCAGCAUGACGUUGUUGUUACUAAUGGAACUUGUCAGUAUAUCGGAAUAGGUAUCGACAGUACUUCUCAAUACCAGAGAGCUGUACAGGAUGUUCCUACCGAAUAUAUGAAGGACCAACAAGGGAGAUAUACUCAACAUGAAUCAGAGAGUAAGUUAUUUGCAAGUCAAACAGUCAACCAGACACAGCAUAAGGCUGCAUCUCCAAUCCUUCGUCGAGUAACCAGUCAGGAUAUACAGACCAAAAAUCAAAUGGCAACACAAGAAAGUGCGACCCAGGAUGAACUCAAACAGAUGGAUAGCAACACAGGAUACCAAUCAAAGACUGGUGACAGACCCUCCCAGUCUGAAGUGAUUAUGCAUAGUACUGAUACUCAAACACCCGACUAUCCUAUUCCUGUUGAAGACGCUAUUCUUCGAGAAAUUGUUUCUCCCGUCCAGUAUGCAGCACCUCAAUUACCACCACCUAAGAUGGAUGGUUCAACUCAGUACGAAAAUAAGAUGGAAAGUGCAAUGAACCAGUAUGUUCCCAAAGGUCUUGAAACUGCAACCCAACUCGUAAUAAAUGCGCAAGAUGAAGGUACAGACUACCAAGUUCAACAUCAAUCUAACACAACACAGUCCUUGGUUGAAAUUCAACCUUUCUCUAGUCAGAUCGAACUGGCGACACAGCAGCAGGCAUCAUCCCCUAUCCUUCGUCGUGUAGCCAGUCAGGCACUACAGACCCUUGAACCCGAUAAAAUUCAGACAAGCGAUGGAUUUACACAACACAAGCUAGAACACGAUGAAGUAUCCACUCAAAUUAGAGUAAAGGCAGAAGACUCAUCCAGUGAAUAUGUUCUUAAUCAAACCCAUAAGCGAACGGAUUAUGAUCGUGUAGGCCAAGAAAAUUCAACACAACAUGAAAUAAAGGUAACACAUAUAGAAACUCAACAUGCAUCGAUAAUUCAAGAAUCUACUACUCAGCAUGAACCAUCCUUGAAAGACACAACCACCCAACAGGAAGCUGAUGCAAAAGACAUUCCAACACAGGUAGUUAUAAAUUCUCAACUCUUUGCCAGCCAAGCUAAAGUUGAGACCCAGCAGCAAGCUUCCUCCCCCAUUCUUGGUCGUGUCACAAGUCAGGCACUUCAGACUCCCGAACCCAAGGAAGCCUUGAAAAGCGACGAAGUGACUCAGUACGAACUGAAACAAGGGGAUGCAACUUCACAGUUUGAGGAGAAGAAGAUGGAGAAGUCAAGUCAGUAUGCCAAUGCAUCUUCUCAUGUUCCAACACAGCAAAGUGUUAUAAAUGAAGAUGGGACGACGCAGUACGAUGUCAAGUUGGGAGAAAAACCUACUCAAUAUGAAAAUAUUCUUAGGGACCUUCCAAUUCAGACCUCAACUGCAGGGGCGGAUCAAAUAUCAUCCCCAAUACUACCGAGAAUCGCUGUGCAGACGUCCCAGACGCCUACACUAGCAACUGCGUUGUCAUCAUCACAGCAUCAUAUAGAAACACGAGACAACUCAGAACAGCACGUCUCCAAGAUGACAGAAGGUAAUACCCAAGUCCCGACCGUUCCGCAGAGAGACAGCGUUGCUCAAACCCAAUCAGAGAAACCACUCAAGAUGACUGAUAAUGGUACCCAAUAUGAACCACGACAAUCUGACAUAUCCUCUCAGUCUGAGAGAAUGAUCGCCAGGGAAGGCAUGUCUCAGCAUAUUCUCCACCAAAAGGAAGGGUCGACGCAGUAUGAAUCUAUCAGACGAAACUUGGAUUCCCAAACUGUCCCGCAAACAUCAAAUGCAUAUACUCUUACAGCUACAGUACAACCGGUACUUUUGACCCAAAUUACACAAACUCCUUCCGAGCCUGCGAAAAAAUUGACUGGACUUUCCACACAGACAGAUAAACCCAAGGCAACAGCAAGGUACAAUGUGGCAUCAUUUACGGAAAGAAAGUUACAAGAUGGCGUCACACAAAUCUGUCAGAUUGACAAAGACGUUGUCACCCAGGACAGUGUGAGCGAAACUGAUAGUUCAACACAAUCUCAACAGACUCUUCAUGAAAAUGCGACACAAUCUGAAUUCGUGAAUAUGCAACAAGCAUCAUCUCCGAUUCUCCCACGUUUAGCUACCAAAACUACUCAGGUCUCCGAGGUACCAACAAGUGAUGUUACAUCUGGUGUCCAAAAUGAUGUGCAAAAUGCGAGCACUGUAUAUGAGAGCAAACACCAAGAUGGUGCAACACAACAUGUCCUUAUCAAAGAUGACAAUGUUACUCAGUAUGAAAUGUCUAUGAAAGAUGCUAAUUCCCAGUUGGUGGUUGUAUCUGAUAACAAAUCAUCAUCACCUACACUGAGACGAGCUGCCAUGUCUAGUCAAACACAAGGUGAGAAGGUUACUGUCAUAACAGAGUCAUCAUCACAGUACUUCCAUGAUCUGGAAACGUCGAAUACUCAGGUUGACGUACAAGGAAAAGAAGGCACCAGUCAAUAUGAACUUAAACAAGAACAGAGUAUAACACAAUACACAGAGGAUCUACGUGAUGUACCUUCCCAAUCGACAGUUGAAGUGGGGGAUAUAACAACUUCAACCUCAGAUACCAGCAUUGCCCAUCAAAGUCUGCAGACUUCGAAACGGUCCAUGAUCGAAAGCAUGUCUCAAUAUGAAUCAGAAUUGCAAACUUCAGUUUCCCAAUCUGAGGUGGAAGGUCAAGAAAUGUCGUGCCAGUAUGACCAAAUACAUGGUGACACUUCAUCACAACAUAGCCCUGAUUCCACGGAGAUUACGACUCAGCAUGAAGUAAAUCAAGAAGAUGCCAUAUCUCAAAGUGUCAUUGACACUGACGAUAAGGCAUCAUCACCAAAACUUCAGCGACAUGCAAAUCAGCAGUUGCAGAUAUUCCCUACUGGUAGUGAUAGCGAAACCCAAUCUCAGGUGAGAUCAGAAGGAAUCAUUACACAGUACGAGAAAGAUGAACAAGACAGAGGAAGUCAGCAAGAAGCUCGCCAAAUGGAAAAUGCUUCCCAGUGUGUUUCAAUUAUCCAAUCUGACACGACAAUGCAAACUGUCCAAGAGGAACUCGUGGUCAAAGGUCAAAAGGGUAUGCAGCACGAGCCUGAGACUCUUGAUAAUUCUUCACAACAUAUUUCUAUUCAGAAAGAUGCCUCUUUGCAAGAGAAUAUUCAAUCAGAAACCACAACAACUUCAACUUCACUGCAACAGGUAACUGGUGUCAGCACCCAACAGGAGAGCUUCCUCUUAGAAUCGACAACUCAGUGUUUGAUAAGGCAGGAGGAUCAUGCUUCACUCACCACAAUGAGAACGACAACGGAUCAAGUACUUCAGACCCUUGUAGAAGAAAAACAACUGAAAUCAAGUACUUCAGCGCAGUAUGAAUGCUCAAAUGAAGACGAUUUUACUCAAUAUGAGGCCAGUGUAGUCGAAAAGACAACCCAUCUUGCACAAGAACUUAAAGAUACUAUGACUCAGUAUAUGAUGAUGUAUGGUGACAGUCAAUCUCAGACAGCAAUCUCAAGCUAUGAUCAGGAAGUAUCACCAAUACUUUCAUUGACAGCUCAAAGUGCAGCUCAAACGAUGGAAGAAAAGAAGAUUCUGACAUCUGAAGUCAUGACACAGCACGAAGUAAAGUUGUUGCAUCUUAUGAUUCAAACUCUAGAAGAUAAACUCUCAACCAUUGAUAGUAACACCCAGUAUGAACGACGAUCAAAUGAGAAGAUUAUACAACAUGAAAUUAAUAAUUUGGAUUCUUCGACACAAUUAAGUGUCAAACAGCUUGAUUCGGAUGCACAAACAAAGUUGAGCCUAGAACACGAAGCAACGUCCCCAAUUUUGUCACGGCACCAGAGUCAACUGUCCCAAACGCCUGUGUUUAAAACUUCGGCAACAGAUGUUGUGUCUCAAACUGAAGUAAAACAACAAGACACGACUACACAUACGGACACUUCUAAAGGAGAAGGAUGGACCCAGUAUGAAAUGAAACACACAGAUUCUGUGAGCCAGACGUUCAACAAGAACCUCGAACAUGGUAUUUCUCCAAUCUUCUCACCUGUAAGGAGCAAUGCGUCUCAAACACCACAGGAAAAAUCAAUUAUUAAGAUGAACAUAACAACUCAAUUUGAAAUGGAAAUGGGUGAGUCGAACACCCAAACAAAACAAAAGGUAGCUCAACAAACUUCUCAAAUCUUCUCUGAGAAAUCUGAUAAAGAUUCACAGACAUCCAAGACUGACCCUAAGAUCGACAGGAUGGGUCAAGCAGGAGGAAAGUUUACAGACUUGCAGAUGCAAACUGCAGUAAAUACUUCACCAAAGGCGUCGUCACCGGUUCUACAUCGAGCCAUUAGUAAGGACGCACAAACUCCAGUUAAGGAUGUGAUUCCUAAGGCUUCUCAGAUAAUUAGGUCUUCCCGUGAUUCAGCUACUCAUGCUACUUCAGAUCCGAAGACUGUUGAACGAGGAACAGAUAUACUUCAAGUUCAGCUAAGAACCGGUUCAACACAGGCCAAUCAACGAAAACCUGAAACAACAGACACUUCAGUUCAGCCUAAAAGAGCUGAAGUGACACACCAGAUGUUGGAAGUCACACCAAUUACUAUCAGUCACUCAACACCAUCUCCUUUAACACAAUACUCAACAAAACCAACCCAAGCUGACAUCAAAGUUAUUUCCAAAAGCACGACAGCACUGACGUCUCUCUCGUUGAAAACUUCAGCAACAGCAACAGCAAAAACUGCCAUGAAGAGUGCAAUUUCUCAAACUGAGGUUGCUAAAGUGUCAAAGGAAAUAGUCACCCAAGAAAUGAAAUUGGUAGAGCGAUCUUCGCUCACAACACCUGACACCAAAUCACCUGUAUUUGAAGCAUCUACACAACACAAAGUCGAUGUUCAAAUGGUCGAUGGUGCCUCAGGAACAAGCCCAGCUACUCAUGAAGGAAGUACUUUUACGCUUUCAAUUUCUGCGUCGGAACAGGCCUGUCAGACAGACAUGCAGAUAGAGGAAGAUGAGGUAAUUGAAAUUGUUUCUCAUUCAGAAGAGCUUGCACCCAUCACGAUACGAGGAGCCAAUCAUGUGGACAUGUCAACUGAAACCGAACUUUACAAUAGUGAAAGAGCAUCAUCUCCAUUUUCUGACGAUCUUGACGACGUACCAACACAGACAAGUACAGAAAUGCACUCUAUUGCAGUACAGUUUGACGAGCCAGACUUUGGUCCUAUGUAUGUGAAUACCGUUAGUUAUGUGCAAGAUGGCAGAGAAAGGCACACAGAAACACUGAUCGAACAGACUGCAGCAACUCCUGCACUAUUGGAACCUCUUCGUCUUGAUUCCCAGCAGCAAACCAUUCCCAACACUGACGAUGGAUUCACAGAAACGGUACAAACGGGCGUGGACUUUGGUGAGCAGUCCCAACCCCUAAGCAUCGACCAGGCCACAUUAACACAUUCAGGACAAAUGGUGUCAAGUGAGGUACAGGUCAGAAUGGGACACCCCUCAACAUUAACAAGAGACUCGGGAUCACAGCAUGCAUCAAGAGCUGUGGAUAGUUUUGUGCAGGCUGAUGCAAUGAUGGUUGAUGAAGGAAUUUCUACCGUAACGGUUCUUAAAUCGACAUCAACCGCUCAGUGUAGCCCUCCUGGAUCCUCCCAUACCUCACCAAAACUACAGCGAAAGGUCAUGGUUAAUGCAGAAACCAGUACGUUUGUUCAGUAUCGUCAGACUACUGACACGCAGACAUCUAAACCAGUUCGAUCAUCUUUGUCAACUCAAUUCCGCCCCAACAUGAAAAGUCAGGAAUCGCUAGCCAAUAUUCUACCAGAGAAUGCCGACGUAGGCACUGUAAUCAAACCACUGUCAUCAGACGCAGAUUCUUUGGCAAAAGUGGACCAAAGUUCAAACUCAGCACAAUGUGUUACAACUAUUGCAGAUACAGAGAGUCAGUAUGAACAACAAGACGCUGCUGAUAUGUCGGUCCAAGUUAUGCCAACUUGUGCAGAUCUAGGGAAUUCACCCAUCUUCAAACGGAGAGAGGUUCUUGUCUCUUCAACACAGACAGACCCGUUAUUUGCAGAUUUUAGCGAUGAAUUCGAAGAUGGAGAAUUCUUGGAUACACAAUCUGAUCGUGUCUCUUUAGAGGAAUUCACCUGGGACACAUUUGUUGACAAUUUGCAAGAGACUUUGGACGGACCAGUUGUUUCCUCAUAUGAAGCUCCUAUCCAACAGAUUAAUGUCAUUCAGGAAUUUGCUGAAAUUCCUAGAACAUGGGGAGUCGAUGCCUCUGCACAAAUUCACCCAACCCUACUUGAUAGAGGAACUGGAACAACAGGCUCAUGGAGACAUGACCGAGGAAGUCAAAUUCACCAGGUCUUUGCCAGCAAUUCAACUCAGAGCGAUCUUACGACAAGGGUGUUUAUUCAUUCAUCUACCCAGCAUAAUGAAGAUAUAAAGAUGACAACUGACGUGGCAAGCUCUCCCGUGUUUAAACGGAGGUCGGAGAAUGUUGUUUCACAAGUUGCUCCUGAGAUCUCCGAAGGUAGCACAUCUGUCUCUGCAGUACCGAUUGCUGAUAGUAAAUUCCAGACUGAACAGGAAUUAUUUAAUCAGUCAUCUCAAUACGUCAGCAUAUAUACUGAUCGUCCAUCCUCACCUCUUGACGUUUCUUCUCAUAAUGCCUCUCAAUAUCAAGGCAUUCAAACUUGUGAUACUGCCUCUUCACCAAUAGUGAUCAGGAAAGUGAGUGCAAAUGAUUACCAAACACAAGUGAUAAUACCAACCUCUGAAACCAUCUCCCAAUACCAUUCAGCUCCCUCAUCAGAUAAAGUUAGCUCACCGGUAUCUUCCAGAAGGUCAACCCUAGACCAUAGCACCACAGUGGACACAACUGCAGUAGACGUUGGGUCUCAAUAUUCGAAAGGUAUUAGAACGGAAAAGGUUAGCUCCCCUGUAUUCACAAGAAAAGCUGCAGUAGAUGGAAGUACAACCAUGAAACUGAUAGAAUCGAAAGAUGGUUCCGCUCAGGUAUCUCCUGUGACCUUAGAUGGAACAUCACAGCCUAUGCCAAAGAUAUUUGCGGACACUCAUACUUCUCCAAUAUUGCAAAGGAAAAUUUCCGUUGUAGAAGAAGGUACAAUUCCGUUACCACCUCGGCAUGCAAAGGACUUUACUACACAGGCUGCACCAGUGCGUGAAAAUAUUCCGACUCAGUCUUCUCCCAAGGGAACAGAUGCAAUCGCACAGGUGACGCCUGAAACUUUGGAUGGGGGAACAGCUAUGACGCAAAUGUUGUUAUCUGACGGAUCUGUUCAGAUUAAACAUGACGUCCGGGACCAUUCAUCUCAACUUUUGAUAGCCUCGGAGGAUGUAGCGGUCACGACAAUACCAUCUAUGAGCUCAAAUGUAGAAUCCCAAGUUAAAAGAGAUUUCGUAGAUGAAAGCACCUUUAUGAUUCAAUUAGAAGCAAAAGAUUAUAUUUCGCAAAUUGCUCCUACUGUUACUGAUGAAUCAUGUCAACACGUAAGGUCUCCCAAUACUAACAAGCUCAGUUCACCGAUUCUUACAAGGAAGGAAGUGUCUGAUGAAUGCACAUCAAUGAAACAGGUAGAAGACAAAGACAUUUCUAUUCAGAUGGCUCCAAGUUCAAGCGAUAGAAUAAGCUCUCCUAUUCUACAACGCAAGGAUGUCAUCGAUGAAUGGACAACGAUCGCUUCAGCCGAGUCAAAAGAUGUGGUAAUGGAAGCAUUCCCAGUAACGUCAGAUUCUGUUUCGCAAUCUCCAAAGAUUUCUUUCACGGAUCAAAUGAGUUCCCCUGUGUUAAUUAGGAAACAGGUCAUGGAUGAGAGUAUAUUGGUCUCAUCGCAGCCACUGGAUGCCAAGGACUUCACAACACAAGCAACCCCAACCAUCAUUGAAAAGAUUAAUUCACCUGUGCUUGUCCGAAGACAGUUAAUUGAUGGAAGCACUAUGGUAGAUCUUCUCGAAUCAAAAGAUGUUAAAACCGAUUCCAUUCCUACAACUACUCACACAUCUUCUCAAUCUGACCAAGUUGCGAUGUCUGACAAGCCCAGUUCACCGCUAAUGCUAAAGAAAACUGAUGAGGGUACAAUGAUGGUAGAACUCAAACCACACGAUUUCACAACUCAAGUCACACCCACUACAUCAGAUCGUGUUUCUCAACCAGCCAUAAGGUCUACAUUCGAUAAACCAAGUUCUCCGACAGUCAUCAGAAAGCAAAUUGCAGACGAAAGUACAAUGAUUUUACCACCUCCUGCAGAUGCCAAGGACUUCACAACACAAGCAACCCCAACCAUCAUCGAAAAGAUUAAUUCACCUGUGCUUGUCCGAAGACAAGUUAAUGAUAGGAGUACAAUGAUGGCCCUUCUCGAAUCAAAAGACUUUAAUGCCGAGUCCAUUCCGAUAACUACUCACACAUCUUCUCAAUCUGACCAAGCUACGAUGUCUGACAUGCCUAGUUCACCACUACUGCUGAGGAAAACUGACGAGGGUACAAUGAUGGUAGAACUCAAGCCUCAAGAUUUUACAACCCAAGUUACCCCCACUGUAUCAGAUGGUGUUUCUCAAUCAGGAAUAAGAACUUCAUUCGAUAAACCAAGUUCUCCUACAGUAAUCAGAAAGCAGAUUGCAGAUGAGAGUACAAUGGUGUCACCACCUCCUACAGAUGCCAAGGACUUUUCAACACAGGCCACACCAACUUCAUCAGAAAAACUUAGUUCUCCAGUUACCCAACGAAAGACCGUGGUCGAUGAAGUAACGAUCGCGAUAUUGUCUGAUGCUAAAGACUCUGAUACACAAGUAAUGCCAACCACCACGGAAAAGCUUAGUUCCCCUGUGCUGAUCAGAAAGAAUGUGACAGAAGAGGGUACGACAAUGCCAUCAUCAGAAUCAAAAGACUUCAUCACGCAGGCAACACCUGUUACAUCAGAUGGAGCUUCACAGUCCCUCAAGGAGAGUACGUCUGACAGACUGACGUCUCCGGUUCUGAUUCGUAAGGCCAUGGCCGACGAGAGCACACUCAUCCUUCCUAUACCUACAGACUCAAAAGAUUUCAACACACAGGUUACACCUACAUCCAUCGAGAUGGAAUCCCAAUCAACAGAGAAGGAUGUGUCAGAAAAAUUGAAUUCACCUGUCUUAGUGAGGAAAGUAGCUAUCAACGAAAGCACUACGAUAGAACCGCCUGCUGAGGCAAAGGAUUUCAGUACUCAAAUUUCAGCUACAACAGCUGAAUACGGAUCACAAUACAGUAAUGCAGCAUUAUCUGACAAACAAAAUUCUCCUGUUAUGGAAAGAAAGGUAACGGUUGAUGAAGGAACUGCAAAUAUAGUUCUUCAUGCGAGAGACUUUACAACUCAAGCUGCCCCAGCAGGAGUUCAUGAAUCUUCGCAAGCCAAAUGGAAGUCGAGUGAUGAAACAACGGUUACAAUGUCCUCAGAAGGUAAAGAUUUCACCACACAAUCUAAGCCUUCGACUUUGGAUACUUCGACACUUCCAGAAAAACUUCCUUCUCAUGAUGCAUCAAGUUCUCCAAUAAUCGUUAGAAAGGUUCAAGACUCGGAAUCGCAAAUUCAGUUAUCAACAAUUGAUGAAAGUACAGAAAACCUCAAAACUGAACUCGAUAGGGCAAUGCAGGUUCAACCUGAAAAUAGAAAUCAGUCAUCACAAUAUUUCAACAUGAAAUUGCCUAUUGACAUGAGUGUCCAACAGACAACAGAAAUGCAUGACUCAACGUCAUCUCCGAGAAAGAUUGAUUUCACUGACAGAGGUGCUGAAGUACAUCCAGUCACCAUCGGUUUUUCAAAUCAGCAUGCUGGAAAGCAAGAAAAGUAUGAGAAAUGUAACCAAGCAGAGGGGGAAGUUCUGAAGCAGGAAGUUCAUGUGGAUGAUAUCGUGCAUCCAACAAUUGUACAGCGCGUGGAUGCAGCUCCUAUGAUUGUACAGCCGACCAUUAGCUAUGCUGAACGACUGAGGCUACGAGAAGAGAUUCGAAAAGAGGCUAAGGAUGAAUUGAGACGUGAAAUCAAGGAGGAACUAAUAGAAGAAAUUCGUGAAGAGAUAAUAAAUGAAGUGCGAGAUGAUAUCAGAACCGAAUUCAUUAUUUCCAUGCACGAACCUCAACAGGGACCACUCAUGAUUACUAAAUCAACGAUUCCAGUUGAAACCAGACAAUUCAAUGAGACUGUCGAAGCCAAACCUUACAUGUUGCAUGAAAAGCAACAGGUCGAUGUCAAACAGAGGAAUUUUGGAAACCAACACAAAGCUCCUGAGAACGAGGAUGUAUCGUCCGUCGAAAAGAGUCUUGUAUCUGAGAAAGAACCUCCAAGCGAGGAGCUUGUGAGAACAAUUAGACAUGAAUUGCGGGAAGAAGUAAUCGAUGAAUUGACAGAAGAGCUGACUACUAGUAUAAGAGACCAACUUAGCCUCGAAUUAAAAGAGGAGUUUAAGGAAGAGAUGAGGGAGACAGUCAUGGAAGAGAUGAGGGAGGAGAUAUUUGACGACUAUAGAGAGGAAUUACUGGUUGAGUUUGCCCCUCGAAUUAAACACGAUAUUGAGGAAGAAGUGCGGGAAGAUUUGGAGGUGACAAUCAGAAGAGAACUUGAACCUCGAAUCCGUGAAGAAAUAAAAGAGGAAUACAUCCAGGAACGGGUCAAGGAACUGUUGGUAGAAAAUCUCAGUUUACAAGAACCGAAAGAGCCAGACAUCAAGACCAAGCCGCCUUCUUUUGAUCGAGGUACCUUACCGCCUUUCAGUAAGGCUACUGACAAUUCAACGGAAAUGCUCAUUGAUACCAAAGAUGCUGCUGUGCAGAUGGAGGAAAUGAGACCAGUGAAGAUUGAUGAGGUCUGCCAGACUCAUGUCCGAAACAGUAGCAGAGGUACAUCAACCACCAGAUCGGAUACAAAAGAAACCAAGACUCAAGUUCAUCCAACAACAGCGGACCGUGGAACUACACCGGCUAAACAGAACAACAUACAUUCGGCUUCUCAGACAGAAAUAACACAUGUAAAGCAUCAAGGCGGACAAAGCAUUCUAUCACCAGAACUUGUACACCAAUCACUCCAGGUGAUAAUGCGACCUCUGCAAACCCAUCAGACUGUGCAGGCAAAGUAUGAUGUCACUUCAAAGCAAACAUCAAUGACUGCAAGGCAAUACAACCCCGCAAGCUCACAAACUCAUUUGCCUCGACAGUCACGUGUUACUCAAUCUACAAUCCCUCAAAAGGUGUUUGCAGUGCAGACACUCGAACAAAGACCCAACAUAAACACUGGCAUGCAAAUUUCGCCCGCCACAAGCGAUCGGGAUACUAUGUAUACACCUAAGAGGUUCUCAAGCACUCCAUCACAGUCUUUUACUAAGCCUACCAGAAACAUUUCAAUAGAACCCGACCGAAGUAUGGGCAACAUUGACAGAUCUGUACAACCACAGAAACGAUUGGAUGGUAUUGAUCACAUCGUACAGAUAGAACCAGUAACCAGAGAAGGAGCAGGCUCUCCACUUCCCUUGCCAGACGACACAAUUUCUUCACAUGACCGGUCCUUAUCACCAGUAAUUUUCUACAGUCAACAGGCAGAAUAUGAAUCUACACCACCUGGCUUGGAAUCUCUGUCACCUCGACCGUUCGAGAAAAUUGUUACACCUCUCACAUCGCAACUGAAACAGCCCAAGAAAUUGACGAUAGAGCUGCCGUCAACAGAGAAAACACCACUACGAUUGACCUCGGUCACACCACCAGAAGCACAGCGACCAUCCCAAUCUGGAUUCAGGCUUCAUGACCAGACCCAAGACUCAUCAACUCGCCUAUUUGAUACUGAGGUGAGCAGGAGGGUCCAAAAUAUCAACAACCUUGAGCCAUCCCGUGAAGUAACAUAUGAGCAGCCCGUUGCUCAAUACAGGCCUCGCAGAACCUUCCACACUCAUACGGAUAUACAAGAAUCUCAUUCAAAUAUCAGCCAGGUUAUCGUGGAUAACAUGCCACCAAAUUGUCGAAUGGUUAUCGUUCAGCAAACAACUGCAGGGACAACAUACACAACCGCGUUAAUGACUGAAUCGUUAUCGCGCACAUCAAUGACAACAAGCAGCAGUGUUCUCACUCAGAUGAGUUAUCAACCAAUCACCUUUCUGAAACCUGAUGACACAGAUUCACCUGACCUCUCAGAGACCGAUUCCCUCGAAGAUAAAAGUGAACCAUCACCAAUUGACGAAUUGGAAAAAAUAAGACGAGAUCUCAGAUUGUCUAAAGUGAUGACAUCAGGAGAUCAAAAUACUCUUGUCAGCUACCUUGUAGAAAACAAAACCCCGAGACAACGUUCUCUUGCGAUAGGCUCCCCUAUAUCACAACCGAAGUCAUCGAGGGAGCUUCUCUACGGUAAACAAGAGUUCCCGAAAUGGGAGCAAGGCCCAAGUCGUAGACAACACGAUGAAAAGGGCUCACCUAUUCCUCCAUCCUCGGGAAUUUCUGGAGAAAGUCCGACGCAACUAACAUCAUCUACUUCUUCAGGAAUGAAGCCAACUCAUAUCAUGUAUCGAAAGCCGCGGCCUUCAUCUGAAUCAACUCCAAUGGUGACUCGCCUGGAAGAACUUCUUCGUAAAUCAACGCCAACCAACUAUGAGGAUUAUGGCUGGCUAAUGGAUAAAGAACCAGACAAACCUAAGAAAGACGAAUACGACCUGCCAUCGGUAGAGAAAAUAAGGACUCGGUUUGCCAAACCUAAAGAUGGACCUCCGGGACGUCCAGCAGAUGACUCACCAAGUGACGUUGAAUCUGAAGUCAAUACUACGGAUUCGGAAACAGAUUCGGAAUCAUGGCAAGCAGUAAUGGACUUCAAGAGUCCCUAUCUUCACGAAGAUCCCAAAUAUUGGCCAUACACAAGCCCUCACAAGGCACCAGGGGUACCGAGCUCUGAAUCUGAAACUUAUGACUCAGACGAUGACACACAGACUGUGUGUGGAGAAUUGGACUUGACAACAAUGAGGGUAGACGAAUCAUCAUCUUCUGAUGAAGAUGCUGACCCACAGGCUGCAGAGGCCCCUAGACGAAGAAAACAAUCCUCUAAGCUGAAGACGAGCCUUAUCAGGAAAGAACUUGCCCUAUCUGGUGUGGUUCCCCGCAGGACUCCCACAACCUUAACAAGCUACCAAUCUAUGCCCGAAGGUGAAUAUCCAAUGGCUGGACGACGAACCAAAUCCAUGUCUGAUCUGAGCAAACCGGCCGGCUCGGCCAGCGGAAGUGGAAUGUCCACAGCUGAAUUUGUACCUUCGGAGUCUCGAUACGCUCGAGUAGUGCAGAGGGUUCGCGAUACCAGGCCAUCCUGGGGGCGCUACUCAAGACUUUCUAACUCUUCCACUGACAUUUCCUCAAGGAAAUCUCUCCACGACUUCGGGAAAUUCUAGGUGGAGGAUACCAAGAAGAAGCAAGGUAUUUAAGGCUCCGAGAUUCUCCAAAAGAAUGAUUUCAGUAGAAAGAUGCCUCCCAUGAUGAUAGUUAACUUACAUGGCGAUAGUAUAAUCAUACUUUUAAUUAAAAUAUUAAUCGCCAUUUCUAAAGAAUUUUUGUCAUUAGAAUCUGAAAAAUUUAGGGAAAAAAAUGAUUAUGUACAGAUUUUAUAUACUAUGCGUAAUGUCAUUAGGAAUCGCCUUUUUGUAUAGACAAGCGAAGGCAUAACCUGAUGUAAUGUAUUCAAAUGCGUUCAAAAUAGAAUUUUGAAAAUGUUGUGACAUGUUUUCAUCUGAAUUAUUCAUUAAAAUUAUUAAUUGCUAAGUUAUGCUGAACAUUUUUUAUGAAUACUUAUAUACGAAGAUAAUAUGAUAUGUAGACCUCUUUAUGUGUGAUUUUUUUUAUAAAGCUUUCUUUCGUAAAAUUUCAUAAAUUGUCUUGAUUUCGAUAUGAGUGAAAAGUAGAGUUGUGUCAACAGUACUUAAACGUAAAAUAUAUGUAUUUCCCGGAAAUAAUAUGAACAGUGAGCCUUUAAAAUUUGGCUACUAUAGCAAGAAAGUUAUGAGCUUGAAAUUUGUGUGAAUUAAAACCAGAGACAUGACUGUGUGUAUAUAAAUGCCAUUACUUGAUAUACUCAUUAAUAUCUAUCACAUCUUAACUUAGCAGCAAGGUAUUAUAUAUAUCUUUAUUUCAUUCAUAUUUUAAUCAUGUAAAUUCUGGCACUUUAGAAGCAAUAAAGAAUUGAUUGCAAUGAGAAUAAUUUGAUAAAGUCUCGUCUUGAAUAAAAUGAAUUUCUUUAUACUUUGUAAAUUAAUGUGUAAAUAGCAGUGGGAAGUUACUAGCAUGCAGAUGUUUCAUGGUUAAGUUCUUAUGUAUGCCUGUCAUAUCCUUAAUAUAUAUAGCAAUAUAUGUUGAAUUUGAUUCGAAAUAUUGAUACAAAUUAUACCUAAUGUUAUUCAAUUAUUUUAAGACAUGCGAAUGUAAAGAUGUUUUAUUUUGCACCAAACCAACAAAAAGUACAAUAGAGUGAAUUGUAAAUGAUUGAAUUUUGAAACGAGAGAUUUAUCUAGAAUUUUCCUAGUAAUAUUUCAUGCCAUUUUAAAGUCUUUCAAAUUUGUAUGUAAUCGCGCUUUGCUUAGUAACAUAGAUCAUGAUCAUGUAAUGUCAUUCUUGUUUUAAAAGAUAUGAAUGCAACAAUUACAAUUUAUUUUGUAUACAAACUUUUAAAUGAUUACUUCAAUGUUUGAAUUUUGGAGUGUGCUUAUGUUAUACUAUUGUUUAAUAUGUAACAAGAAGAGUGAAAAUAUGGAAUUGAAACUGGAUAAUAUGUCUGACAUUGUCCAGUAUAAUGUAUAUGUAUCUAAUAUUUAUUCGAACUAUACUUUGUGUACUUUUCCAUAUCAUCUUUUGCUAUGCUUUGAUCUAUAGACGUUGGUACAAUUCCUUGAAUAAGUGACUUGAUAAUGAUAAACGUACUUAAAUUAAGCAUGGAAUUGAAGUUCCAAAAUAGAUUUUAGUUAUGCAUAUUCAUAAAAGUUGUAUUCGACAAAUUUUCUUCUUUACAAGAUGAAUGAAAAUACGAAAAAAUAUAUCAGCAUGACAAUGAAACUGGCCAAAAUGUUAACAUGUUUUAUACGGUUAUCGUAUUGCAUAACGUAUAUUUAUAUGUGAUAUUUAUAUGUGAUAUAUAUAUAUACAUAUAUAUAUAUAUAAGUAUUUUAUGGGGGGCAGUACACGUUGAAACAAAUCCGCAAAUGACUGACUUGUGUCAUGUAAUCACUGGAAUUCAGGCCUGAAAAUGAUAUCCAUCAUUGGAUAUGAAAUAAUCCAUGAAUAUAUCAUAACCAAAUAAUACGCCUUGUUUUAUUUUCCAUUAUAUUCAAGUCGACAUUUGUAGAUAUCACAUGCAUAUUCGGGAUAAUCAUUGAGUAUAUUAAUGCUGAUGAAUGAUUGCAUGAAACUUUCCGUUUAUUUGUUAUACUUUGAAGAAAUUUUUUAUUGCAUAUUAUGUAAAUGUCAUCUUAGCAAAUACGAUACAUUAAAGCAUAUCUUAAGAAUGUUCAUAUAUUAUAUUUCACAAAAUUAAUGUUGGCCUAUGACUCAUUUUCCUCACAAAAAAUGCAGAUGAGCCGUGACUUUGUUUAUAUAUGUUUGUAAAAAAAUAUCAGUUUUAAUAUUCUUUUAUUUAUGCAAAACCCAAUGUUCCUAUAAAAAAAAACUUUCAUUGAGAGAUAUUACUAUGACGGAUAUGGGAUUUUUAUUUUGUAAAGAAAAUACGUCAUGAACCAUAUGUGAAUAUUUAUGAAUAAAGUCUAUUGCAUAGUGCUUACAAAUAAUCUUAAAAAGCACAUGAUUGCCAGAAUAAUACUGAGAAAGAAAAAUAUCAAUGGAUUUUACAGGUUUCUUAAGAUGCAAAUCGCUUAUAUUACGUUUUAUUGAAGUUUGAAUUAUGUUAGUUUGCAGAUUACAUAGCAAUACUAACUUUUAGUACAUUUACAAUGUUUACAUGCCGCUUAAUAAAUGCUAUGCACUAAUAA